AUGGCCCUUAACGAAUCCAACAACACGAUCAUCGCUGAGGAAGGCUGGUUUUCCAAACCGAAUCCUGAACUGGAGAAAAUAGCUUUGGCUUACUUCCGCAUCCAUCCCUAUACAAGCCUGGCCGUUUGCACGUUUGGGAUCAUCACAAACAUCUUCAACAUCAUCACCCUGACGAGGAAACACAUGCGAACGUCCAUCAACUGUAUUUUGACAGGGAUUGCCGUUCUGGACAUUUUGACCAUGGUGAGUUACAUCCCGUUUGUGGUUCAUUUCUACCUAAAACACGGACUCGCUAGAACGCCAGAGAAGUACACGUAUGGGUGGACUCAUUUCCUGGUGUUUCAUGGAAACCUCACUUCUACCACUCACACGGCGUCCAUUUGGCUAGCAGUUUUCUUGGGUAUAUUGCGCUUUCAAUGUCUCCAAUCCGCCCAAGGGAAGGGGUUGGGGCAACGACAUACUAUAGCCUACGUGGGCCUGAUAUCUGCUCUAUCAGCACUUCUUAUGAUACCGAAUUACGUGUUGAUGAAAGUGAUUCCUAUCCAAGUAAACAACUCCAGUCAGGUUAUCUGGAGUCUGGAGAACCUCGGAGUCGGCUCCACCAACCCUGACCCUUUUGCCGUUGCUCUGUUUUGGAUAUACGCAAUUAUCGGCAAAAUUCUGCCAUGUGGAGUGAUCACAGUUUUCGGGGGUCUUCUUCUGCACACGCUUCACCUCAGCAAAAAACGGACGGAAAACUUACACAGCGGCUCAUUCCAGACACGACUGAAGCAGCAUUCGAGAACCACGCGGAUGCUGCUGGCUGUGAUCGUCCUGUUCCUUGUCACUGAGCUUCCACAGGGUGUGCUAGUGGUUCUCAGUGGCUCCGUCGACGGGUUUUUCCUCAACGUUUACCUAUUGUUGGGGGACAUGCUAGACAUUAUUGCCCUGUUAAACAAUUCCAUCAACUUCGUGUUAUACUGCACCAUGAGUCAGCAGUUUCGGGACACGUUCGUGAAUCUUUUAAAAUUACCUUUUGGAAAGAAGAAACCACCAAGGAAUCAGGCGGAAUUCACCAAGUUAACAAAUUGUUAAUCAUUAGAAAGUUUAAGAACUGAAUUCCUUACCAAGGGUUUGUAGGGAAAAUGACUUGAUUUCUCGAGCAUUUGCCUUACCUGCAUCAUGGUAAUAUUCUUGGAAUAGAUACAACAUACAUAGUGCGUUAUCACGGGUAGUUUCCGAUAGUGUGUCACGACGCAAACGACAAUAUGGCCCUGUGCCAAACUGGGCCGCAAUAUUUUACUCCGGGAACACACUAUACGGAUUUUUUGGCUUGUACAGACACACAUGUUGUGAAUUUGAAAAAAUCCGCUUCGUGUGUCGGUGGUGGUGUUUUAAGGAGGCGACUUUGUUCACUCCAAAAUUCACUUGUAUCAAAUAUGCUACUGCGAAGAAAUAUGCCUCCGAUUGCACUCUGUCCGCAUGGUGUGUUCACCUCUGACGUGUUCUGGCGAUCGAGCUGACCAAUCAAAAAACACGGAAUUGUAUUGACCUGUGACAUUUUGUUUGUGCCACAUGAUUUACUGGGUCACAUGACAUAACCCAUAACCUGUUGACCACGAUCAAGGGAAAAUUCGUCUUGUAUGUCCGAAACCAUGCUGAGAAUAUCGUCUGCGUAUUCCACCGGUGAUUAAGUUCGUUGCUACAAGCGAAAAAAUCCACUUUGUGUGUCCCC